UCGCAAGAAAUGUGAGAAAUUUGUCGAUGUUUACAUCGAAUCAUAAAAUAAGUCAACGCGUUUUUAAUAUCGCUGAACAGUUGGAUUUUGCUUACUUAAUGCGAUGAUAUUUUCGUGAAGUGACAAAAGUAUUCGGUCACAACAUUGUGUUGUUAAUGAACUGGAGAAAAUUCACAAAAUCCUGAUUUUUGAAAUCGAAAGUAGACUUAUAAAUUGACGCCUGUGCCGCCCCCGGUCUCAUAGACGACUUCGAAAUAUCUCGAAAGGACGACAAAGGCAUAUGGUGGAAAGAAGCCGUCUCUGAAUAUUUUUGGCAAAUAUCUUACCAUCUUAAAAUUUGAAGCAACACCCAUCUCCACCUCUUCCGGCUCAUGACAUAACAUCAUAUAAAAUUCAACUCGAGCAUCUGAGCACAACCAACAUUCCAAGAUGGCAACACGCGAAAUGGACGUCAUCAAAAAGUUGCCGGGCUAUCGUGCUAUACUGAAGGCCGUUCUAAAGUCUCAGAUUCAGCAACUGAUCGAACAACUUGCAAGCGCCACCAAUGAGGAGUCAAUCAUCCUAACAGCCAGCGUGGCUGAUAAAACCCUGAGUCAUCUCGGCUCAGACUCGGCCAAAGGCUUCCUGGAAGAUCAUGAAGACUUCAAGUCCCAGUUCCUCGGCUACUGUUUACAAAGCCACCACAAAAAAAAGCAAGAGCAGAAACAAAAGGAUAGGGAGGAGGAAAUGCGGAAGGCACAAGUGGCCGCAGCCGCUACCUUAGCAUCGCAGCAACAACUAGCUCAAUCCAUUCAGUCCAUGGGUAACAUGGAUUACAUGCCCCCCAGGGGAUCAAUGCCUCGCUUCCAGGCCACAUCCCGAUCACCGCGGCAACAGUUUCGGCCUCCAGGGGGAGGAUUGCAACAUCAGCCAUAUCCAGUGACCCGCCCAAUCCGAGCAGCAGCCUCCCCAGUCAGAUCUCCACUGAAGUCACCCGCCAAGCUUGAUGGCCAGAUGAUCAACCUAGAGCCGGACGACGAAACCUCGAACCAAAGUGCAACUAGUCAGCCAUCUUCACCAUCCUCUCAUCAGAACAUAAAAUCUAAACCGGGAACCAACGACGCAAGCGCUGAAUCAUCCUCAUCACACAACGAGCAGAAGCAAAAAGGACUUAGCUUAAGUGCAGACUUGUCUAGUUUAGUGUCAGGCUAUAACAGUGAACAUGGUCCGGACGUCAGUGUUAAACUCGAAGCAAUAUCUGAAGCGGAAAUGGACUUUGAAAUCACUGGUGUAGAGCCUGGAAAACCUAUGCAAUCACAGGACUGGUGCGCUAAUGUUUCCAUGGGAAAGAACUUUGAUCCUACUGGUGAUACUGGUGCUACUGGUUCCCAGGCAGACAUGACAGGGCAGCAGGGAAACAACUGGCAUGUUUGUGAUCACUGCCAGAAGGCGUUCAAGUGCAUAUCUAAACUUGCUCGCCAUGUUCUAAUACACCAGGUAUACACACACUGCUAAUGUACCACAUGUGAGAACUACUAAAUACGGGCUCAGCUCAUUCCGCUCAGGAGCAGCCAGACUCUGACACUCCAUGCCAAAUUACAGGGAUGAAGACAACAACAAUCAGUUCCGGAGUUUGGUUGCAUCAUGGGGCGGGGUGGGCAUUACCUGUAGAUCCUGCUUUCAGCCAAGUUAAGCAUACUGUUUGCAUGUUUUGUUAUGUUUUCUUUGUGUUGCCUUUUUGCUUUGUCUGAGAAAUUUGCAUCUUGAUUUCUUUCAUUUGCUUUGUAAGGCUUUCAUUAUGAUGCCUUUUUAUACGCCCGUUCAAAACGGGACUUAUCAUAAGAUCACCCUUGGCGGGCGGUGGCGGGCGGCGUCCACAGUAGUGUCCGCUCUCUUAUUCAAAUAGUUUUCAUCCGAUCUUCACCAAACUUGGUCAUAAGUUGUAUCUAGACAAUAUCUAUAUAAAUUUCCAAUAUCGGUCAUGCCGGGUCAAAAACUAGGUCACGGUGUCAAUUAGUGCAUUUCUAGGAUUUAGCAUGGUUUCCGCUCUCUAAUUGAAGAAGUAUUCAUCAGAUCUUCACCACAUUUGGUCAGAAGUUGUGUCUAAAUGAUAUCUAGGUCAAAAACUAGGUCACGAGGUCACUUAGUGCAUUUCAAUCAUGUAGCAUUGUGUCCGUUCUCUAAUUGAAGUCGUUUUCAUCCGAUCUUCACCAAAUUUGGUUAGAAGUUGUGUCUAGAUUAAAACUAGGUUAGGUUCAAAUAUAGGUCAUGCCGGGUCAAAAAUAGAUCACAGUGUCACUUUUAAAACAAUCACAGUUGUGUCUUUUACCCUAGUCCGUUAGUUGUGAUAUCAUGCUACACUUGUUCCGCCGAUUUUCGUUCGUGCUUUCCACGAUUUUGAGGAAAAUGGCCGUCGGCAUAAUGUCCAAAACCUUCAAACGGUCGUAUCUUGUGACAGUUAAGCACUCUUGUUUGCUUUUGCUUUGUUUGAUCUAAACUGUAUGCAUUUAUAAUACUAGUGACACUACAAAAGUUAGUAUUUUUCGUACAUUUCAUUUAUAUCCUGUUUUAGUACUUUCUGUAUUAUGCACCUGUCUUGAAAAGACUAUGUGUGGGAUGUGCAUUAAUCAAUGCUUCUUUGUUCAUCAUUAGCCUUUUGAAUCUCUGAAACAGUGCUAGUUACACAUGCGGGAUAAUCAUUUCAGCAUUAGUAUUGUAUUAUUUUGCUUUUAUAAUAAUAUUUUAUUUUUAAUUCAUCAGUGUUGUAUUUUCUUGCUUUUAUUGUGUCAAAUUUGCUGAUCAGUUACCUUUAAAUCUGAUUUGAGGUGAUUAUUUCCUUUAAGCCCUUUUUAUUCUGUGACACUUUUGUGUUCCUUUUUCUCUUUCAGCAUUUUUACACCUGUUCUUUUUAUGGCAGGUUAGGCCCCUUCCUUGGGUAAAGAUCAGCAACUUUCACACAGCUCUUAAUUGUGAAUGUAUCGUACUGAUAUUAAAUUACCGCUUACAUUUUAAUAAUGUGCUAUAUGAAUACUCUUAAUUGUGCUUUUAGUGAGUUUUAUUAUAAUAACUAUUUCUUAUGUAUGCCAUGAAUUAAUUAUGUGAUGCAAUUUGCUACUGUUUGUUAGGUCGGUCAAAAGCUAUACAUAGCUAUUGUUAUAUACAUUUAUCUCAUAUAAAUAAAUUUUGAUUUUCCGUAAUUUACCACAUACACGACUAUCUUAACAUCUGUAAAAAUAAAAGAAUAACACGGUA